AGAAUUUUGGUAACUUCUCCAAGAAGGGAAGACUUCCAUAAGACCCUCCCCAAUGGUAGUGUAUUGAUGCUCACUCUCCUGCUUCCACAAACUGAAGUGAGCUCAGUAGAUUUUACUUGUGGGUUGAGCGAAGAACAGAACAGAAGGAGAUGGGAAAUGUGAUCAUCCCAAACAAUUUGCCGGUCGGAUAUAGAUUCCACCCAACUGACGAGGAAUAUGUCGAUUAUUAUUUGAAGAACCGAGUCCGAGGAUUCAUAGAUCAUCCCUGCAUAAUUCCUGAUGUCGACAUCUGCAGGUGGGAUCCUUGGGAAUUACCACAGAAGUUUCAUGGUGAAUCAAUUAUUCGCCUUGAUGAUAAAGUUCAAGAGUGGUGGUUCUUCUGUCCGCAAAUGCCCCAACAGGUUAAAAGAUCAACUCCCUCUGGCUAUUGGAAGAAGACUGGUACCGAUCGGAAUGUCAAGGCCAGAGAUACAAACAGAGUAAUUGGUAGUAAGAAAACAUUAGUCUUCCACACUGGUCGGGGCUCUAGGGGAGUCAAGACCAACUGGGUCAUCCAUGAAUAUCAUCUACCCGCCAAUGAGUUGAAUAGGAAUUAUGUUCUGUGUCGCUUGAAGCAUAAACGAGAUGAGAAGGCUGAUAAUUCAACCAAAGAAUUAGAGCAAGGGGCAAAUAUCUGGGCUGGUUGGGAUUCAGAUCUUCGUCAACCUGAUCAUGAGGACUCAUUUCAUAUGAAUUGGAUCAAAACAACAUAUAAUUCGGAGCCCUCAUUUCAGUUUGAGAACCGAGUUCAAUUUUCCUCGCCUAACAUCCAGCAGAUUUUUCAGCCUGAGAACCAAGUUCAUUGUUCCUCGCCUAUCAUCCAGCAGUUGGUUCAGCCUGAGAACCGAGUUCAAUAUUCCUCGCCUAUCAUGGUUCAGCCUGAGGACCGAGUUCAAUAUUCCUCGCCUAUCCUGGUUCAGUCUGAGAACCGAGUUCAAUGUUCCUCUCCUAUCAUCAUCCAGCAGUUGUCUCAGCCUGAGCACCGAGUUCCAUGUUCCUCACCUAUCAUCCAGCAGUUGUCUCAUCCUGAGAACCGAGUUCGAUGUUCCUCACCUAACAUCCCGCAGUUGUUUCAGCCUGAGAACCGAGCUCAAUUUUCCUCUACUAUCCCGCAGAUGUUUCAGCCUGCGCAGCGAUCACAAAUUAGUAUCCCCCCUUUCAACAUACCCUCAAACUUAAUGAAUAUUGAGAGCCCGUCUUCUAUGGACUUCUCAUUGGACAACGGUCUUACUGAGGAAUCUAUUCCAUGGGAAUCUUUGUUCCGAACAAGCGAAGAUGAUGAAGAUGUUGGUGGCGUUCAAAUUUCAGAUUAUUUUGAUGCUGACUUCUUCGCUGGGGACCAAAUGCAAACACAGCUACAGUGUGGCCAAGUAUCUAAUUCACAGGAGCAUCCUGUUCUCAAGGAGAAUCGGCGAACACGAACAAUCGACUCAUUCCAUGGUUUUGUUCCUCUUGAGGAAAAGAAAGGCAUGGUGGAGAAUAAGUUCAACGGCUCACGCAUCACCUCCGAGAAACAUACGCCGGGUCCUGUACCCGUGGCAACUCAUGAACCUAUGCCACCUCCUUUGCACACUGUAAGUGUAAAAUAUAAUAGCAAAGAUGAAGAGCAGAGGUUUGAAAAGGUUAAGCAGGAAACUGCAGCCAAAGAUAACAAGCCAGAAUGCACAUCUUUGGAUGAAAUAGCAGCCAAAGCAAAGGUGAAAUCAGCUCCUAAACUAACCCAUUGUGUCUUAUUACUAUUCUCAUGUGUUGAUGUGCAUUGCUUGGGUAGUUUAUUAGACGGUGGGAUUCCGUUUAUGACUGCAGGGAAACCAUACAUGGGAUAUGUGGUUCAUAGGCACUUAAAAAAAGGUUAAUGUUGUUAAAUCUGCUUAGAGAAACACAUAAUCUAGCAUUCUUCUUACCAAAAGGAAGUGACACUUCACUGUAAAUUGCUCAUGCUUUAUUAAGUUCUGAUCCGAAUAAUAAGAAGAAUGGUGAAGAACUACGAGCAAAAUAUAUCAUUAAAUAUUGCAGCUAAGAUAUGGAAUAAGGUAGUAGAUGACUAAAAGGCUGAUUACUAGAACUUACGAAACUUCCAGACAAUUUGAGAACAAACAAAUGAAUGUUUGUCAUGUUAUUCCCAUUGAUCCAUUUGAUCUUAUGCAAUGCUUUGUUGCGGUAUUUAAAAAUGCCCGAGUCACCAAGAAUUUAUAUCAAUGAAAAACUGAGGUUUGAAAAGAUUAAGAAUCAGGACAUUGCAUCAGGAAAUAUUAAACCUGAAUGUGUAUGUUUGGAUGAAUCUGCAGCAAAAGCAAAGAUGAAAGAAGCUCCCAGUUCAAUUGAUUUGUCUCACUAUUGUCUUCCACUCUUGAUGUGCACUGUUGGACCAUUUAGUUUGAUUGGCGUUGUUCCUUAUUUUCGAAAUAUCAAUAGAAAAAACUGGGGAAACCCCUCAUAUUUUUAGUCUCCUGUUAUUCCUUUCUUUGUUUUUUCCCAUCAGCUCACUAUUUGAAACAUUU